ACAAUCUCAUCUUCUUCAAGUGAUACCCCCAAGCCUGCAAACAAACUUCAUUGUUUCUUUUCUAUUCUUCUUUUAAUAUCAACCAAAUAAAACAAAACACAACCGCCAAAAUGCUCUUCUCAACUCUUGCCGUUACUGCUCUCUCCGCUGUCGCCAGCGCCAAGACCAUCCGCAUCGACGUCGGUAAGGGUGGUCUCACUUUCUCUCCCAACGACAUCACUGCCGCCGUUGGUGACAUCCUGGAGUUCCACUACCACCCCAAGAACCACUCCGUUGUGGCCGCCGAUUUUGCUACUCCCUGCAAGCCCAAGGCUGAGGGUGGUUUCUACUCCGGCUUCUUCCCUACCAGUGGCACUGAGAACUCCAAAGUCUUCCAGGUCGAGGUCAACAGCACCACUCCUAUCUGGUUCUACUGCUCUCAAUCAACUGGCAACCACUGCGCUGCUGGUAUGGUUGGUGCUGUCAACGCCAACGCCAACAAGACCCUCGCCGAGUUCAAGGCUGCUGCUGAGAAGGCCACCUCCAACGAGUCUCCCAAGUCCGGAGUAUUCGGUGGUAUGGUCAUGGCUGCCUCUUCCACCACCAGCGGCUCCAGCUCCACCACCAGCAAGGCUCCUGCUGCCACCACCAACGCUGCCGCUGGUCUCGGUGUCAGCGGCAUGGCUGCUGCCGUUGUUGGCGCUGCCGUUGCUUUCGCUCUCUAAGCGCUGGACGCAUUCAGAUUGGGAAAAAAAAAACUGAACGGAUUUUUAUUUAAUGGUAAACUGUGAAUAUACAUGUCGGCAUGUACGAUGAGUCAAAGAUUUUUUUCUCU